CGACGCAAAUGUUGAAGUGUAAAUGCAAGCUGCCAUUUUUUUGAUAAUUCCUCCUGAUUAGUUCAGAUAAAGGUAACGAGCCUACGCGUCACUCCACCUUGACGUUUACCAAUUCAUUAAUCCCGUUUUCGUACCGAACAGGUAUUCACCUCUGAAUUACAAAAGUUCCGGCAUUUCAACUCCGGCAAAAGCGCAGGCUAGCUCGUAGUAUGCGGAUGGCUACUUAGCUGACGCUGGCUAAGUGUUAGCUGUGACUGUAAACAAACACUUGAGCUACCGACCAAACUGCUUCUCUUGAGCCAACUCAAAAGCUGCACGUUUAUUAUCUCCUCACAGCAUUCACGUAGUUCAGCGGCUUGUAUAACGCUAUUAGAGUUUUGCUUGAGUAGGCAACGGACGGACGCUCCUUUUUGGAGAGUGGGGGUUGUUUUUAAUCUUCCGUGUACUUGCAUGAAGUGCAACUUUAGUUUUGAUGAGAGUGACUCUAGUGGUUUCCUCCAACCAGCUCGAAGCGCCGCCAAUUUAGAGCGGAGUCGUGGUGAGGCUGCUCCCAAGGAGACGCGCACCAGCACGCGGACAUGUCGUCGUUUUCCGAGGCGGCGCUGGAGAAGAAGCUGUCGGAGCUGAGCAGCUCGCAGCAGAGCGUCCAGACUUUAUCUCUGUGGAUCAUCCACCACCGCAAACACUCGGGCCUCAUCGUCAAAGUGUGGCACAGAGAGCUGAAGAAAGCGAAAACCAGUAGGAAGCUGACGUUCCUCUAUCUAGCCAACGAUGUCAUCCAAAAUAGCAAGAAGAAAGGACCUGAAUUCACCAAAGACUUUGAGACGGUCCUCAUCGAUGCCUGCUCUCAUGUUGCCAGUGAAGUCGAUGAGAGCUGCAAAAAACACAUGGAGAGACUCCUGAACAUCUGGAAAGAGCGCAACCUCUACAGAAGUGACUUUAUUCAGCAGCUCACCCUGGCCAUAGAAGACUCUAACAGCCCUCAGCCUACAGAAGAAAAGAAACCGGUGAAACGAACCUACCAGAAGAUCCACCAAGAGGAAGAGGAGGAUGAGGAUGAUGACUACAGAAGCAUCAGCUCUCCUCGCAACACAGAUGCCUCCGCUAAUCAACUGACAGAGGAGCUAGUGAAAGCACUGCAGGAUUUGGAGAAUGCUGCAUCAGGUGACGCAGCUGUUCGACAGAAAAUUGCCUCGUUGCCGCAGGAAGUCCAAGAUGUCUCGCUACUGGAAAAAAUAACCGACAAGGAGGCAGCAGACAAACUGUCCAAGACAGUGGACGAAGCGUGUCUUCUGCUGGCCGAAUACAACGGCCGCUUGGCCGCCGAGCUGGAGGACCGCAGGCAGCUGGCACGUAUGCUGACUGACUACAUCGGCAGCCAGAAGGAGGCGCUUGUGGAGAGGGAGAAGAAGCUCGAGGAAUACAAGCAGAAGCUGGCCAGGGUGACCCAGGUGAGGAAGGAGCUCAAAUCUCACAUCCAGAGUCUGCCCGACCUCUCCCUCCUUCCCAACGUGACCGGCGGUCUGGCCCCGCUCCCCUCGGCCGGUGACCUCUUCUCCACCGACUGAGUGGUGGGGCUCAGACUAGCUACACCCCCUCGUGUCCUCCCGCACCCAACCUACCAACACACACUUUCAGCAUAACCAUUGCAGGCUGUGUUGCUUGCUGGGGCCUUGAUGAGGUCAACAGGUACCAGGAGGACAAUAGAAGGGUGGGAUGAUCGUGGGAUCGCCGUCGGGACAAUAACCGGUUUUGUGAAAUCUCAGCGCCCCGCAGAAAAAACAGAGACUAUGUCAGCCUGGAUUUUCCCGCUUAGUUUCCACGCCGCCAGAUUGGAAUUAGUUCUUUCCUGUUUGUUUUUAUCAUUAUUUUUAUUUGUAAUGCCAUAACAUGUAAGUGAAUAAAGAGGCCAGGGUUAAGUCGGCCGGAGUUACAGUUGUCGAGUGGCGUUCGUGGUGCUUGUAUGUUACCCGGAUUUGCGUAUGUUCAAUUGGCCUUACGAGAGCUUGUGACUACACUGUUGUGAGAAAACACCAUUGAUUAGUUUAAUUGUUUUUUUUUUUGUUUGUUUGUUUGUUUUGUUUUAAAUAGUUCAGGUGGAGAUUACAGAGACAGUGCCAUCAUGGCAGACUUGAUUUCCAAGGAGGCAUUUUUCAGAAUUUCACCACCACCAGUGCUUCAUUUUAUUGUAUGCAAUAAUUGGUCAUUCAGAUGAAGAGACACAAGGUAGUUUGACCGUCUAAAUAAACACAAAUUCUCAGUGGCUUCCAUCAAGUAUCCUCAAGUUCUCUCUACAGAGUCACAGCUAAGGCAACCAAUGGAAAUAAAACCAUCAUCUGCAAAUGAAUGACUGGAGCAAGUCCUUGUCACCUGCUUAAGAAUAGAAUAAUCCUUGAAUAAUAACCAACAUUUAAGGUCAGCAAGAGAGAAGUAACUUCUUUUGGUUUAUUAUGCAUAGCUCAUUUUUAAUUUCAACUUGUCUGCAAACAAAGAGAGGUUUUUGAUCUCAGAAUAUCAGGAAUGUUUGCUAAACCAAAGUUUGUGUAUGUGUGUGUGCAUUUUUUUCCCCCACGCAGUCAAUAGUGGGCCUCCCAAGCACAUUCUUGACCUCUCUAGUCAACUAAAGAGUCUAUGUGAAAGGAUACAAAUGCCCCUGCAGCCACUGGAAGCCAGGAAGGACUUAGCACCAGUUUGUUCCACUGUAGUUUAGUUACAUCUACUGUAUCCUUGCCCUCACGCUGUGCAGUCUGCAUUUCUCUCUGCAUAACCACAUUGUACAAGCCGGAGUCUACCAGUAGGGUAGUUUUAUUUCUGUAAUGAAAGUGGUUCAAUGGAUGCCAAUAAAAUGGACCCAUUUGGA